AUGGAAACUGUAGAUAAUAAUAAUAGUAAUAACAAUAGCUCUAAUAAUAAAGAAAAAACUAAAAGAUCCUUUAAUCCUUUUAGAAGGGAUGGCUCAAAGUCUGUUAUGUUUUCUUCUUCACCUUUAAAACAACAGGAGGCUGUUGUAAAUGAAAAUAUAAAUCAUAAUAGUAGUGGUAAUAAUAAUAUCAACAGUAAUAAUAUAGAGAAUAGCAAUAGUAGUAACGACAAUCGAGAAAUACCUGCAUUAACUAGACAAGAUUCAAAUAGUAGUAUUAGCUCAACAUAUAGCACAUCAAGUUGCACUACAGCCAAUAAUAGUAAUAACAAUAGCAAUCCAGCAAUGAAUAGACCAAGAUCAAAGUCAGAGAAAAAAGACAAGCUUUCAUUUAAUACAUUAAUUUCAAAGGCAUCAAGAAAAUCUAUGAGAAUUGUAACUGGUGCAAAUAAUAAUAAUAUAAACAAUAAUAUAAACAAUAAUGAAACCAUUGCAACAGAAACACCCUCACAAAAUACAACCUCUAUUAGUUUAAAUUCCAGUACAAAUAGUUUGCCUCCAAAUGUUUCAAAUGAUGAAUGUUUUAAAAACUUAAAUAUCCCAUCCGGAAAUAAUACCUUAUCAGUACAAGAUAAAAAGAAAAAUAGAGGCAGCAUUUUUGUCAGAUUAUUAUCAAGAAAGAAUAAGGACGAUCCAAUUAGUGAAGAGGAUUUUAAAAUUGAAUCUGGAGGUUCGCUACCACCACUCCCAAAUCAACACCAACAUCAACAACAACAACAAUUCUCCUCAACUCCAAACCUAUUAGCCCAAUCAUAUUCAUUUAAUGGUCAACAACAUCCCUCUUCAGCAUCAACCACAAAUUUAUUGGGUCACGAGCAACAAUAUCAACAAGUUCCAGAUAACUGUUUAGCAUCAUCAAUGAUAGCGGCUCCAAUAAAAAAUGAAUCGCCAUCACUAAAAAAACAAGAAACACUUGACUCAAGAGAGGAAACUAUUAAAAAAAUCCAACUUAUGGCAAACCAAUUGAAUGAAACAGUUAGAAUACCAUCUCAACGAAACCAACAUUCAAAUUUAAGUGGCAACAUCACACCUCCAAGAGCUCUCGAUAGACAAUCAAGUGACCAAUCAUUUUUAUCAUCUUAUCAAACACCAACAUCAACCACACCAUUAUCAAAUCAUAACAAAUCAAAUCCAUUCGAUAGCCAACACAUUCAACAUAAUAACAGCAACGAGGAGCCAGAAACUGAAUAUUCACUAGAUAUUAUAACAAAUAUUGAAACCUCGUCCACUACAUCAUCAACUGCACUUAACCAUAUUUUAGUUCCAUCCACAUCAUCAACUUCACUAUCAAUUUCAUCCUCCUCUGCAUUUUCACCACCAUCACCAAUUAUUGCUUCACAAAUGCCCACUAGCACCCAUCAAUCAAAUAAACAUAAAAGAUACACUGUAGCCAUUCCAAAAUGGGACGCAUCAAUGAACUUUAAUGGUAACCCAUUCGAAAGAUUGGUACAAGUUUUAAGAAACUCCACGGAAAUAUCUGUUGUAAACAAUGACUAUGAAGAGCAAUUAAUCCAACAACAACUAAACCACUUGUUGAUCGAGGAGCAACAAUCAUUAUUAUCAUCCUCAUCACACAGAAAUAGUAUUCAUAUAGAGUCCCCAAGAUUGCAAUCCUUACCCCAAAGUGUUAUUGAUGGUAUUGAAGAGGAAAAGCAUAGACGUUCAGUUUUAUUAUUAUGCUUAUCAAAAUUGAUAAAGAAGUUAAUAAGCGAACCAAAUGAUGACUCAAUUUUAUUUAAAUCAUUUUUUACAACCUAUGAUUGUAUAUUUACCUCAAAAGAUAUAUUAAAUGAAUUAUCAAGUUUGUUUAAAACUGAAUCACCACAAAUCCAAUUAAGAAUUUGUAAUAUAAUAAAAUUUUGGUUAAAAGAUUAUUAUAUUUCUCAACUUUGUGAUUUUUCAUUCGCAUCAGAAUUUAAAGAUUUUAUAGUAGAUAUCAAAAAUAUUCAAGAUUCCUAUUUGUAUAGUAAAAUUAUCGAAUUAAGAAAUCAACUAAUCUAUUUAUUGGAAACCAAAAUAACUGAAAGAUGUUUGGAUACAAAUAGCAAUAGCAAUGUUGGUGUAAAUAGUAGCAGUGACAGUAUAGAUAAUAGUCCUGAGGCAAUUGAAAAGAGAUAUUUAAAUAAAAAGUCAACAUUGAAAAUUAAAACAUUUUUAUCAACUUCAUUGAAAUCCUAUGGCUUUGAUUUGGAUUUUCAACAACCACCCUCUCCACCCUCAUCACCAACUCACCAUAGACGUUUCAGUCCCCAAACAACUUCAAAUGGUUACAUGGAUGGCGGUGUUUUAAGCUAUUCUUCUUUGGAACAAAAUGGUCACUAUGAAAAUGAAUAUGAUCAACUUCAUCACUCCACCUCUGGUCAUCGUCGUCAAGGUUCAAUCUCUUCUUCGACCUCAACCUCAUUUUCAUUGUCAUCCUCAACCACAUCUGCAUCACACCGUAAACAUAAUAGAAGCGUUAGUAGUAAUGGCAGUAAUGUAAAUACAACAAAUACAAGUAGUGCAACCGUUAACAAUAGUAAUCAGCCAACUCCAAUUACAGCCUCAAACUCUUUAUCAUUUAAUCAACCAUCCUCAAACCAAUCAUCAUCAUUUUGGGUACAAACUAGACCAAGAUCCUCAACAUGGAGCAGUAGUGAUGUAUUUUUAUCAAUCAUGGAUGCACCAGCAAAGGAAAUUGCAAAAUCAUUAACUGCUAUAGAUUUUUCAAUUUUCCUUUGUAUCGAAACCCAAGAGUUAAUGAAUGGAGCUUGGGGUAAACCACAUUUAAAAGAUAAAGCUCCAAAUAUCAUCAAAUUAAUUUCAAGAUUUAAUGAGGUCUCUAUGAAUGUCAUUCAAACCAUUUUGAAUGAAGAAAAAUUAAAGGAUCGUUGUAAAGUAAUGGCUAGAUUCAUUAAAAUCGCAAAAAAUCUUCAUGAAUUAAGAAACUACAACUCUUUAAUGGCAAUUUAUGCAGGUAUCAGUCACUCUUCUAUUACUCGUUUAAAAUGGACCAAAAAGAUUUUACCCAAAACUCAUCAAAAGACAUUACAAGAUUUAGAAAAACUAAUGGAAAGCGAUGAAAAUUUUAAAAAUUAUAGAACCGAGUUAAAGACCAUCACCUCACCAUGCAUCCCAUUUUUAGGUUUAAUUCUAUCAGAUAUGACCUUUAUUCAAGAAGGAAAUCCUAAUCAUCUUGGUUCAAAUGAUGAAACUUGGCAACUUAAUAUUAACAAGUUAAAACUAAUGUACAACUGUAUUAAACAAAUUCAAAAUUUCCAAAAAACUGCCUAUUUAUUAAAUGCUGACCCAAGACUAACUUUAAUUUUAACUCCAAAUUCAAAUAUUUUUGGUGAACCACAAAUCAAUUAUUACCAACAACCAGCAGCUGCACAACAACAAUCACAAUCAGCACCAGCAGCACAGCAGCCAGCACAAAAAGAACAACCAACUAAGAGUGAAAAUCUUGAUGAAAUUUUAUCACCAAGAUCACAAAUUGAAUCAAUUGUACCAAAAAAAGAAGAACCAUCAUCAAAACAAGAAGAAUCAACAAGCAACACAAAUAAGGAUUUAACAAAAAUAUUUUCUAUACCACCACUUCAAAAUAGCAAACCUUUAGAAAAAAAGAAUUCUCAACAUGAUUUAUUAUUUAGAAGCUUUACAUUAGAAGACUCAAUUUCGCCAGUUAGAAAAUAUUCAUUCAAUACUUGGAGCUCACCUAAAAAAGUUAACUUUGAUAUUUUUAAUAGUAUAACAUCAACAACCAAUAAUAGUAAUAACUCUAAUAAUCCUCUUAAAAUGGAAAGAAGUCAAAGUGAAAAAUACCUGCCACUUAAUAAGGUUAUACCAUUUAAUAUAAAUUUAAAUCAACAAACAAAUAACAAUAGUUGUUCACCAAGAGAAAUCGAAAGUGAAAUUGUAAAAAUUAAUAACUCCUCACCACCAUCAUUAGUAGAGAAUACCAAUGUUGGUGAAUCAAAUUGUAAUAAUAACACCAAUAAUGAAAAUAAUAAUAAUUAUAACAAUAAUAGUAAUAAUAAUGAAACUAAUAAUCAUAAUAAUGCAUCAUAUAGUUCAAAUAGCAAUAGCUCACCAUCACCUAGUUUAAGUAGACCAAGCCCAAACAAUAACUCUGGUGGUUCAAUUUCUCCAUCAAACUCACCAACCGUUUCACCUCAAAUUGUAACACCUGAUUAUGAUAAUAACUCUAAUAUUAAUAACAAUAGACUUAACAAAAGCUGUGAUAAUAAUAUUGAUAAUGAAUCAUUCAAUUUAUUGAAUGAUGCCAAUUGUCAAAUUGCAGAAGACCCACAAAAUGGUAACAGUGGUAAUAUCUCCCCAAAUAGUAAUAUUUCAACUGUUGGUAGUCAAUCUUUAUUUAAAAGAAAAUCAUUCGAUACCCACUUUAUCCCAAGACCUGCCCACUCUUUUGUUCCAAUGACCGACGAAUCACUAUUCUCUUUAUCUUUAAAAUUAGAACCACGUGGUGUUAAAUUAUCCGAUUUAGCUUAA